GUGAUAUUACAAACCGUGGACGGUGGUAUUGAAACAUAGACCUGAUGUUUAAUUUAUAUGUCUAUUGAAGCUCUAUUGAAAACAUUUAAUGAAAGGUGGACUUUAACUUUUUUAUCACCUUUUGAAAUGGCCCAAGCUAAUUUUCGUUACACUGGCAUUGGAGAUCGAGUGAUAUGUACUGAUUGUUACAAAGAUUUUUUUGAUUGGCAACCGAGCGAUGAUCCGUUACGUGAACAUAUUCGUCUCUCACGAGGAUGUCCAUUUGUUAUGUUCACCGUAAUGUUCAUUAAAGGUCGUUUGUUAACAUUUCAAGGUUGGCCUGUCGACUUUUUAAGACCUCGUGAAAUGGCCGAAGCUGGUUAUUUUUACACAGGCGUUCAAGAUCGUGUAAAAUGUUUAAUAUGUAUGAUAGAAUUUGGUAAUUGGCAGCAGCAUGAUAUUCCAUUUAAUAAACAUGCUUUUCAUGCUCCCCGAUGUCCAUUUGUUAUUGCACACGGAAGUUAUUUUAUUAAGGCUGCUAUUAACCGAUCUAGUAUAGAGGAAAAAAAUAUUGAAGAUCGGUUAGAUUAUGAGGGUAUUAUUAUAUUCUUAAAGCCUCUAUUUCAUGAAAAAAUGAUUGACUUUGAUAAACGGCUCAAUUCAUUUAAUAGAUGUUUGAUACCAUUGCAACACGAUAUUAAUACUCUAUGCGAAGCUGGAUUUUUUUAUUCAGGCAAUGGUCAUUCUGAUACUAUAACUUGUUUCUACUGUAGCGAUACUCGAAGUGACUGGAAUGAAAGCCUAGAACCAUGGGUAGCACACGCCAAAUGGUCGAAAACUUGUAGUUAUUUGUUAUUAAAGAAAGGCAAAAGCUUUGGUGACAUGAUACAUGCCGUGAAAAGCGAUAUAAUAAAAUCUAAUGAAUUAUUCAAUUUGAUUGCUGCAAAGAAAAAUACACUUUCUAUUGGAUAUAAUAUUAAAAUACAGUCUACAAAAAAGCAUUUUAAUAGGAUACAAAUCACUAAACUUUCAUCUAAUAAAAUUCAGGAGCAUCUUUUUCAAAAGCUAGACCCUAAUAUACUACCAGAUAGUAUGUUAUGCAAAAUUUGCUGUAAGGAAGAAAUCGAAGUUGCUAUUAUGCCUUGCGGUCAUGCAAUUGCUUGUAUUCAAUGCUCGUUAACAUUCAUACGGUGCGCUAUAUGUAGAAAUAUAUGCUUUAGGUUAAUGAGAAUAUAUUUAUGCAAGGAUAUAAAAAAAGACAAAUAUUUCAAACUGGUACCAAGCAGUUCUAAAACGUCAUUCAACAGUACAUUGAAUCCAAUGCUUUGCAAAGUUUGUUAUAAAGAAGGAAUGACAACAGUAUUUUUACCCUGCAGACAUGUCUACACCUGUGGCAAAUGUGCAGAAGGAAUAGAUGAGUGCCCAAUAUGUAGAGAAGAUGUCUUUUCCUUUAUUCAAUUAUAUUUUUAA